AUCUCGCGAGAAAGUGACGUGCAACAGUAAUUUCGCGGGAACGGUCGUCUAUUUUGUUUUCUGGAGAAAAGUCGGGAAAUACGUGCUAAUAUUAUCACUUUCUAGACGGGCAAAGCUAAAGUCAGAACCAUUUUAUAAGCUUAUUUUCAGGAGCGUGAUGUUCUCUGACCUGAGUGCUCAGAGGGAGGGAUCCUCUCUGCUCUGCCGCCCAGCCUCGGAGGACCAGGGCCCGGUGUUUGAGAGGACCACAAUAGACUACAGCCCCUGCACAGAGCGCUACAGACUCGGGGAGCGGAGCUUCAGUCGCCAGUAUGCUCACAUCUAUGCAGCUCGGCUCAUGGAGAUGAGACCCCUGCUUUCAGAGAGGGCCAAACACAAAUGGGGUUCGGAUGUCCUCAUCAAGAAGCUUUGUGAUCUGGAGACAGGGGAGCAGUGUUGCAUUGUAGGGACCCUGUUCAAGCGCAUGGACCUGCAGCCAUCUAUACUGAAGGAGAUCAGUGAGGAGCACAACCUCCUGCCCCAGCCUGCAAGAACCAAAUACAUCACAGAGGCAGACGAACUGAUCUUGGAGGAUGAGCUGCAGAGAAUCAAACUGGAGGGCAAAAUUGACAGAGACAAAUGUGUCACAGGUAGUGUUAUUGUGAUCUACGGAGCUGAGAAGAACGAUGGCAAGUUCACAGUUGAAGACUUCUGCAUGGCUGAUCUCCCUUUGCAGACACCCAGACCUGCACUAAGCUCUGAUAAGUUUGUGCUACUGGCCUCAGGGCUCGGCCUUGGCAGCAGCAAGGCGGACAGCAUGCUGGGUCUGCAGCUGCUGGUGGACAUGGUAACUGGUCAGCUCGGGGACACGGGAGAGCAGAGUAGGGCGGCGACAAUUUCCAGGGUGCUACUUGCUGGAAACCUCUUGAGCCAAAGCACCCAGGACAAAGAUGCAUCGACAAAGCCUAAGUAUCUGACUAAGAAGACCCAGGCAGGCAGCGUGGAAGCCAUGCGUUUGCUUGAUGAACUGCUGCUGCAGCUGGUGGCAUCCAUUUCAGUGGAUGUGAUGCCAGGGGAGUGUGACCCCACCAACUACACCCUCCCACAGCAGCCCCUUCACAAAUGCAUGUUUCCUCUGUCCUCUGCAUACCCCACACUGCAGCUGGUCUCCAAUCCGUACGGUGCAAACAUCGACGGAGUCAGGUUCUUGGGUACGUCGGGUCAGAACGUCUGUGACAUCAGGAGGUACAGCAGCAUGGAGAGCCAUCUGGAGAUAUUGGAGGAAACGCUUUGGCUCCGACACCUGGCCCCCACCGCUCCGGAUACCCUAGGUUGCUACCCGUUUUAUCAGAGAGACCCGUUCAUCUUGGAGGACUGUCCACACGUCUAUUUCAGUGGCAACGCUCCAGUCUUUGGGUCCAAACUCGUCAAAGGUUCUGAUGGUCAGGAAGUCCUUUUGGUCACCGUCCCAGACUUCAGCAGCACCCAGACCGCCUGCCUGGUCAAUCUACGGACCCUGCAGUGCGAGCCGGUUUUCUUCUCUGCCUUCUCCGCUGACGAAGAUGAAGAAAGCGAGAUGAAUGUCAGUCAUUAACAGAACAAUAUUCACCCCUCCUCUCUGGAUCAGUUGGACUAAAGAUCUCCAGAUUAUUAUUUUUUUUCUUCCUGUUCGGGUCAAAGGUGUUAUAACUGAUCAUCCAGUAACAAAGACUAGGUGCUAUACAAGACUCACUGUUUACUAUCAGUUUUAUUUUGGCUCACCUGUGCCAAAAUGACAACUUGUUUUGUUUAAAAAAAAAAACACGAUUGACGGCGGUGUAAAUAAUUCAGCUGUUUGUUUUUAAUGUAAGUUCACAAUAAACAUCUUUCCAUGAAGCAUA